AUGUCUUCUAACCAGUUCGACUCGCAGGCGUCGACCAACUACAAGGAGGCUUUCGCCCUCUUCGACAAGCACGGUAACGGCCGCGUCACUGUUGGCAGCCUCGGUGACCUCCUGCGCGCCUGUGGACAGAACCCUACUCUGUCCGAGAUCCAGGACCUCGAGAAGAAUGUCGGCAACGAGUUCGACUUCGAGACUUUCCAGCGCGUGCUGAACCGCCCCGGUGGCUUCCGUGACCCCGGCGAGCCCGAGGAGUACUGCCGCGGCUUCCAGGUGUUCGACAAGGACAUGACGGGCUUCAUCGGCGUCGGGCAGCUCAAGUACAUCCUGACCAACCUCGGAGAAAAGAUGUCGGACGAUGAGGUCGACGAGCUCCUCAAGGCCGUGGACACUAGCUCUGGCCAGGUCAACUAUACUGACCUCGUCAAGACGAUCCUCGCCAACUAA